CUGAGGAGGACAGGACCCGGAAGUGAGGGUGUGCGAGGCCCCUCUGGAAGUUGUCCCGGGUGUUCGCCGCUGGAGCUCCGGGUCGAGAGGACGAGGUGCAGCUGCUGGGAGAAUCCUCCGCUGCCGCCGGCUCCCGGAGCCCAGCCCUCUCCUACCCAGCCCAGCCCAGCCCCAUCCGCCAACGCCGUCCCUGCCGCAGACCCCAGCGUUACCAUGAAUCCUGCCAUCUUCAUAUCCUUACCCGACCUCAGAUGCUCCCUGCUGCUCCUGGUAACUUGGGUUUUUACUCCUGUAACAACUGAAAUAACAAGUCUUGAUACAGAGAAUAUAGAUGAAAUUUUAAACAAUGCUGAUGUUGCUUUAGUAAAUUUUUAUGCUGAUUGGUGUCGUUUCAGCCAGAUGUUACAUCCAAUUUUUGAAGAAGCUUCUGAUGUCAUUAAGGAAGAAUAUCCAAAUGAAAAUCAAGUCGUGUUUGCCAGAGUUGAUUGUGAUCAGCACUCUGAUAUAGCCCAAAGAUACAGAAUAAGCAAAUACCCAACUCUCAAAUUGUUCCGUAAUGGGAUGAUGAUGAAGAGAGAAUACAGAGGUCAGCGAUCAGUGAAAGCACUUGCAGAUUACAUCAGGCAACAAAAAAGUGACCCAAUUCAAGAAAUUCAGGAUUUAGCAGAAAUCAACUCUCUUGAUCGCAGCAAAAGAAAUAUCAUUGGAUAUUUUGAACAAAAGGAUUCAGACAACUAUAGAGUAUUUGAAAGAGUAGCAAGUAUUUUGCAUGAUGACUGUGCCUUCCUGUCUGCAUUUGGGGAUGUUUCAAAACCAGAAAGAUACAGUGGAGACAAUAUAAUCUACAAGCCACCAGGGCAUUCUGCUCCAGAUAUGGUGUACUUGGGAUCUAUGACAAAUUUUGAUGUGACUUACAAUUGGAUUCAAGAUAAAUGUGUUCCUCUUGUUCGAGAAAUAACCUUUGAAAAUGGAGAGGAAUUGACAGAAGAAGGAUUGCCUUUUCUUAUACUCUUCCAUAUGAAAGAUGAUACAGAAAGCUUAGAAAUAUUCCAGAAUGAAGUAGCCCGGCAAUUAAUAAGUGAAAAAGGUACAGUAAACUUUUUACAUGCAGAUUGUGACAAAUUUAGACAUCCUCUUCUGCAUAUACAGAAAACUCCAGCAGAUUGCCCUGUUAUAGCUAUUGACAGCUUCAGGCAUAUGUAUGUGUUUGAAAACUUCAAGGAUGUAUUGAUUCCUGGAAAACUCAAGCAAUUUGUAUUUGACUUACAUUCUGGAAAACUACACAGAGAAUUCCAUCAUGGACCUGACCCAACUGAUACAGCUCCCGGAGAGCAAGUCCAAGAUGUAGCAAGCAGUCCACCCGAGAGCUCCUUCCAGAAACUAGCACCCAGCGAAUAUAGGUAUACUUUAUUGAGGGAUCGAGAUGAGCUUUAAAAACUUGAAAAACAAUUUGCAAGCCUUUCGACAACAGCAUCAACUUACGUGGUGGAAAUAGUAAACCUAUAUUUUCAUAAUUCUAUGUGUAUUUUUAUUUUGAAUAAACUGAAAGACGUUUUGGGUUUUUAA